AUGAUAUAUAAUUUAAAUUACCUUUGUAAUUUCAAUGACCAGGUGAAGGAGGAGGACUUGGAAAGUGAUUCAUUGCGUCGUGUUUGGUCCGGUAAAUGGUGUAGUGGAAAAUUUGAAGACUCCCUAAAGCAGUGGUGGUCAUUGCAGGAACAAUGUGAGGUAUUCCUUUGCUUGGCCAUAGAAUCGUUGUUGGCUUUUUUGCAACAAAAUUUCACCGGCCCCUUUUGUGAAUUGGCGGAAUUGGAGGGUUUGGUCAAGGAGAUCCAACCCUUGGUGGGUGAUGCCUUCGAGGAGCUGAAAGAAAAUGGCGAAGAAAUCAAUCCCAAUGUGGUAUUGGGUGAAUUUUUACUACUGAGCAGAGGUAUUUUGCGGAAAUUAUUGGAACUUCAACCCGAUUCCAUAGUUCUACACUGGUGGCAUCUGCGUUACCUGUGUACCCAUCAACACAUUAUCGAUGAAUUGACGGCCAACCUUUAUGAGAAAUUGAAACAGGAAGCGGAAUGGUUACUACAACAUGUUACGGACCUGGGCAAUAAGGAGUUUGAGGCUCUGUUAUAUUUGGAGGUGGCAAAUGCCUAUUUACAAUAUCAUCGUGGUGAGAGGGCAGGAGAAAUUCUUGAUAAGCUUUGUGAACAUUUGAAUGUUAAAAUGGUCGUUGAGGGUCUAUUGGGUGUACGCACGAAGUUCCAACAAAAAGCAUUGCCUCAGCUGUGUCUGAAAGUAGAACAAACACAUGUGGAUUUACUGCCCAAGGCCCAGGAAACAAAUAGCAAAACUGUUCUACCAAAAUUGCUAUUGCAUGAGGAUGAUACGCGGCUGGAGCGGAUACGUUUUAUUGAGGAAAAGGACAAUGAAGUUAUGACACUGCCAUGUGUUCUCCAGGCCCUGGUACUGUCGAAGGUCCGCCAAUUGAAACGUACCCAACCAAAAGAUCGUCUGGCCGAUGAAGAACUGGAACCCUAUACGCACACCUUAAUCUACCAGGAACAUGGUCCUUUGCAAGUCCGUCAAUCAGCUCUCCUAUUGAAUUGUGUACAAGAAUCCAAUUCCCGACGUACCGUCGAACGUAGUUGGAAACAAUGUGAGGAGUGUGUUAAACUCCUGUCUGAACAUUCCUAUAGCGUACAAGAAAGAUUCUCCUAUGCCUUUGCCGGAUUCCUACAACCCAAAUGGGAAGUUCAGAUACAACUUUGCGAACUUCUACUCUCGCUCGGUAUGACCAAGACGGCCUUGGAUAUUUAUUUGAAAAUUCAGGCAUGGGAGCAAGUUAUCUAUUGUUAUACCCGUCUGGAACUGCGACACAAAGCUGCCGAAAUCAUCGAACAGGAACUCAAGAAGAAGCCAACAGUUCUACUCUAUUGUCUGCUCGGAGAUGCCACCGAUAAUUUGGAGUGCUACGAAAAGGCCUGGGAAUUUUCCAAACAUACCAGUGGUAAGGCCCAGGCUCAUUGGGGCAACUACUACUUCUUCCAUAAACGUUAUGAGGAAGCUAUUCCGCAUUUGGAAAAAUCCGUCGAAAUUAAUUCGCUGCAAGAAAAAAUCUGGUUGCGUUUGGGCUAUGCCGCCAUAAUGUUAGAAAAAUGGGAGCUGGCCGUCCAUGCCUACAUUACCUAUACUCAUUUGGAACCCUUAGGUUUUGAGUCAUGGAAUAAUUUGGCCAAGGCUCUCAUCAAACUUGGUGAUAAACAACGGGCCCAUCGCGUCCUGGGGGAAUCCCUGAAAUGCAACUACCACAACUGGAAGGUAUGGGAAAAUUUCAUGGUUGUCUCUGUCGACACGGGGAACUUUGAGGAUGCCAUGAAUGCCUAUAAUCGUUUGUCGGAAUUGAAAACCCACUAUUUGGAUUUGGAGGUUCUCUGUGUUACCAUGACAGCCAUCGCCGAAGGUAAACCCGAUGCCAAAGGCCAAUCACCCGAAAGAUUAUUGAAAAAAGCCACCACCCUGAUGGGUCAUCAAUGUGUCAAACACGGUUCCGAACCCAAGGUAUGGGAAUUGGCUGCUCUGCUAGCCACAACACCUUUAAAGAAAGCGGAAAAAUUGGUUAAAGCAUUUAGGGCCUACACCGCCAAGGAAUUGGUAUGGGCCACCAAACAACCAUUUGCCCGCAAAGCUUUGGAAUUGUGUGUAGAAUUAUCGCAAAGAUCUUUAGAGGCAAUGGACAAUCAUGCAGAGGAUGAAAGUGAGGUUAUGAUCACAUCGCAAUUGAAUUCUGCCCGCUUGGCGGAUCAGGCCUGCAUACGAGCCAUUGAAAAGGAACCAACGAAAUUUCCCGAAAAUGAUGAUUUGCUUGAGAAGGUUCGAGCAUUGCUUGAGGAAAUGACCUCACAUGUUAAGCAGCGGAUGGGGGCGUGAU